CCCAGUUUGACCUGGCACAAUGUAGGGCGCGCGUGGAUCUUCAAUGUCAGCUAACUGUCUCGCUACUGGUGCAAGGGACCCAUAAUGCGUUUUGUAAUAAGUUCGUUUCGUUCUAAUUAUUAUCCUGCUCUCAGACAUCGAUCGCUCAACGCCUCGUCUUCUCCGUUGGCCCCAUCCCACCGAGCCUUUUCUGCUUUGAAUUCACUGAACCAAGGAGCCAUGGCACGUACGAUUUCGAAUCACAAGGUUCCCCAGAUUUCCCCAGCUUGGACUCAAAAUAAUGCCUGGUCAUCUCCUGGUCCCGCCGCAUUCGAUGUCCGCUCAGAUGUUGUCACGACGCCUACGAGUGCCAUGUUGAACGCCAUUGCCUCAACUACUCUUUUGGAUGAUGUUUUUGCUGAGGACCCCACUACCAACAACUUGGAGUCAUACGUUGCGGAUCUUGCGGGCAAGGAGAGUGGUAUCCUGGUACUGUCAGGCACAAUGGGCAACCAGGUUUCGCUCCGUGCACACAUUGCCAGUCCGCCCACCGGGAUUCUGUGCGAUAAACGUAGUCACAUAGUUCAGUAUGAAGCUGGCGGCGCCAGCAGUUUAAGCGGUGCCAUGUUGCAGACCGUCAUCCCAAAAAAUGGUUGCUACUUGACGUGCGAGGAAAUUGCCAAGGAAGCCGUGCUUAGUGACGAUAUACAUGCAUGUCCCACAAAGAUCAUCAGUUUGGAAAACACGUUGAAUGGCAUGGUGCUGCCUCUGUCCGAGGUCAAAAAAAUCAGUAUGUUUGCAAAGGAGCACGGCAUCAUUAUGCACCUCGACGGAGCGAGGUUGUGGGAAGCCGUGGUUUCCGGCGCGGGUGAUCUAAGGGAAUACUGCUCGUACUUCGACAGCAUCAGCCUGUGUUUUAGCAAGGGCCUCGGCGCACCCAUCGGCUCCAUCGUUGUUGGGUCAGCAUCUUUUGUCAAACGUGCACGCUGGAUUCGCAAGAUGCUUGGAGGCGGUCUUCGCCAAGCUGGUGUUGUUUCUGCUGCGGCGCGUGUAGCUAUUGAAGACACCUUUUUAGGCGGCAAGUUAAAGAAAACUCAUGAGAACGCGUUGCUCAUCGAGAGAAUGUGGACUAAGCGUGGGGGUAAGCUCGUGCAUCCCGUCGAGACGAACAUGGUUUGGCUGGAUAUUGAGGCUGCAGGCAUCAGCCACGACGAAUUUGUAGAGGCAGCAAAGAAGCACGGGAUUCGAUCUUCCGGUGGGCGACUUGUAAUUCACUAUCAAAUAGGCGAGGAAGCCAUCAAGAGACUGGAGGCAUUGUUCGAAAGUCUACUCGCACCAAAGGCAAGAAUCUAAUUCAGCAUCGCACCAACAUGGCCGAAUCCUGGGGAGAACCGGUCAUUGGCCAUGUGAGGUCAUCAUUUCAUACCGGUCCCGUACGUUAUUCACAUUGGCAACCUGUGAGCUUCCUAUCAUAGAGACAUUGAGGGAGAUUGGAAAAUCUAGAGAUUUGUCGUCCACACUCAAAAGCGAGGCACGGUUUGUGGCAGACGGGGAAUAACAUCACAGAGCCAUUCAGAGUGUAAGGUUGUGAUACAUUGUGCAUUACAAGCGGCGAAUUCAACAACGGAAUGGUUGCGAAUUCCGUGUUCUACGGCAAAUUUAUCAAAUAUUGGCUGGGCAGUUCGGUCUCGACUGAUCCAGAGCCCUAGAAUCCUGAGUUUUAUCAUCGUAGCAAGCAUAUUCAGUUGCCA